AUGUUACGACGUCUCAAAGCUGAUGUCCUUACUGGAAUGCCUUCAAAGAGCGAAUUAAUUGUUCGUGUUGAAUUAAGUCCUUUACAAAAAAAAUAUUAUCGUCACAUUCUUACAAAGAAUUUUGAGGCCCUCAGCAUUAAAAAUGGACGUUCACAAAUGUCACUUUUGAAUAUUAUUAUGGAAUUGAAAAAAUGUGCAAAUCAUCCAUAUCUUUUCCCGAAAGCAUCAAUUGAGGCACCUAAACGUCCAACUGGUGCUUAUGAAGGAGAAGCACUCAUCAAAAAUAGUGGAAAAUUUGUUCUUUUACAAAAAAUGUUGAAACGUUUGAAGGAACAAGGGCAUCGUGUUCUCAUCUUUUCUCAAAUGACAAAAAUGUUGGACAUUCUUGAAGAUAUGAUGGAUUUUCUUGGUUAUAAAUACGAGAGAAUUGAUGGUUCAAUUACGGGACAAAAUCGUCAAGAUGCUAUUGACCGUUUCAAUGCUGCUGGGGCACAACAAUUUGUUUUUCUUUUAUCAACACGUGCCGGAGGUUUAGGAAUUAAUUUGGCAACAGCGGAUACUGUGAUCAUUUAUGAUUCGGAUUGGAAUCCGCACAAUGACAUUCAGGCAUUUAGUAGAGCUCAUCGAAUUGGCCAGCAGCGUAAAGUAAUGAUUUACCGGUUUGUUACGCGCAACUCUGUUGAGGAACGUAUAACAUCCGUUGCAAAAAAGAAAAUGAUGCUCACCCACCUUGUUGUUCGUGCUGGAAUAGGUCAAAAAGGCCCUUCAAUGUCAAAAACUGAGUUGGAUGAUGUUCUUCGUUGGGGAACUGAAGAAUUAUUUAAAGAUGAAGAAGCACAACAAGGUGAUGGAGCAGGCAAAUCAACAGAGCAAAAUAUUGUUUGGGAUGAUGAUGCUGUCGAUAAACUUCUUGAACGAGCAGAAGAUGAAACAAAAGAGUCUGCUGCAGCGGCACCAGAUGAACCCGAAAGAAAAGAUUGGGCAAACGAUUAUUUGAGUUCGUUCAAAGUAGCAACAUAUAUUACAAAGGAAGAUGCGCCUAUAGAAGAAGACGAAACGGAAGUAAUUAAAGAAGCAUUACAAGAAGCUGAUCCAGACUAUUGGGAGAAGUUAUUAAGACAUCACUUUGAGCAAGAACAGGAAUUUGAAAGGGCUCAUCUCGGAAAAGGAAAAAGAGUUCGCAAACAAGUUAAUUAUGCAACAGAAGCAAUACAACAGGAAUGGCAGCCAGGGUCAGCUGGUACACCUGCGGGAGGAGAUCAAGACUAUUCCGACUCAUUUUCUGGUGUUUCUGACCAUGACGGUUCCGGAAGUGGAGAAGACGAUUUUGAUUCUGUUAGAGAAGAGCGUCGACGGAAACGUGAACGUGAUGGUGAAAAAUUACCUCCUUUAUUGGCACGUGUAAAUGGGCAAUUGGAAGUUCUUGGCUUCAACCCAAGACAACGAAGAGCUUUCUUUAAUGCAGUAAUGCGAUGGGGAAUGCCGCCUCAUGAUGCCUAUCAAUCACAGUGGCUAGUUCGAGAUCUCAAAGGCAAAUCUGAAAGGGCCUUUAAAGCUUAUACUUCUUUGUUUAUGCGGCAUCUUUGUGAGCCUGGAGCUGAUUCUCAGGAGUGUUUUAAUGAUGGCGUCCCACGUGAAGGUUUGAAUCGUGUGCAACUUCUAACUCGAAUUGGAAUCAUGUCACUAAUACGCAAAAAGGUUCAGGAAUUUGAAGCUGUUAAUGGUGAAUGGUCUAUACCUGAGGUGCAAACCCAAAUGUUGGCUGCUGCUGAGGCUGCAAAUAAAGAACGGGAAAAAGACAAAGAUCAUUUGACUGUACAACGCAAGGAGAAAGAAUUAAGUGUGCAUAGUGAUGCUAGUCGAGAUGUGACUCCAGCUAUAAAUGAUCUUAAAAAGACUGCCGAACCUCAAGAAGUUGAAAUGAUUGAUGCAGCAGCUGAACUUACUGGAGGAGAUACUCAAACUACAGCGGAAGAUUCUUCACCUAAGGAAGCUGAUGGUGAUAAAGAGGAGGAAAAGAUUGAUGAAGAGACCGAGCAGAAAUCCAGAGAACCACGUCCAAAAAUUAUGUUUAAUAUUGCUGAUGGUGGUUUUACUGAACUCCACACUCUCUGGCUUAAUGAAGAAAAUGUUGCUGUUCCUGGAAAAGAAUAUGAGAUUUGGAAUCGACGACAUGAUUAUUGGUUACUUUGUGGGAUUGUUAUGCAUGGCUAUGGUCGUUACCAAGACAUUCAAAACGACAAUCGAUUUUCAAUAAUUAAUAAACCCUUUAAAUCAGAACAAAGCAAAGAAGGAAAUUUUGCCGAAUAUAAAAACAAGUUUUUGCAAAGACGUUAUAAGUUAGUCGAACAGGCUUUAAUAAUAGAGGAACAAUUACGUCGUGCAGCAUAUUUAAAAAUAACCCAAAAAACUGAAGAACAACAUAUUCAAAAGGAUGCAGCAGAAAAGGGAAUAGCUAUUGGAAAGGCUGUUUCUGAUAGUAUUGGCCAUCUAAAUGAAAGGUUUGACGAUCUUGAAUGCUUGGCUACUGCACAAGAUAUAUUAUGGCGUGAUGAUUAUAAGGGUGACAAAAAUUCUUAUAUAGUUCUUCAUAAAAUGCUUGCUCAACUUGAAGAUUUGCUGAAUGAUAUGAAAAAUGAUGUUUCUCGUCUGCCAAUGACGCUUGCACGACUUAGACCAGUAACUCAACGACUAGGCAUGACAGAGAGAACAAUCCUCAACCGAUUGACAACAAAGGAUUCUGUUGCCUCUGCUUGUCAGAGCCCACUUCCUCCUCCUGGCCCAUUUAUGACACCAAUUGCACAAGCAAGAUUUAAAGGAAUGGAACCCAAGUUUGCUGUGAUGGUCGGUAAAGAAGAAAAUGAGUAA